UUGUCCCUAGUGUAAGAUAGAACUAGUAUAUGGGUGAUUGCUGGUCAGCAUGAGCUCGGUGGGCUGAUGGGUCUGUUUCUACACUGAACCUCUAAGAAAAUAAUUAGAUAACUGGACACAGAGAGACUGCAUAUGCUACAUUCUUGCACAAAAGCAAACUUCUCGGGAAACUCAAUGGCUCAGGCAGCAUCUGUGGAAGGAAAUGGAUCACAAGCUGUUCUCCCACUCAUUUCCUCGCCUUUUUCUAUCAGCUAUCUCUAAUGUACUCUAUCAGUAUGAAGAAGGGUCCCAAUCUGAAAUGUUGAAGGUCCAUUUCCCUCCCCUGACCCACUGACAGACCCACUGAGUUCCUCCAACAAUUUGAUCUAGUGUUAAUAACGAGUCAUUGAACUUUGUUCUGCUUUACUCUCUUUCCUUGGAUUCACCAGGAGUUCUGGGCUCAGCUACAUUCGUAGAUUACCUGGGCUUGCGAGGACCUAAUACUUGACCUUUAUACAGCUCAGAGCCUCAGGAGCAUUUACAGCAGAUUGGGAAUCUAGGAUAGCUUGAAAUCUGUCACAAUUGUGGGUACAAGAAUUAGAAGAAAACUCCGAGAAGAUGCGAGAAAAAGAAAAGAAAAAUCACACAAAUAGAAAAUAGUGGCUCUUCUGCACUCAUAGUGUUCCAUGUUAUUCAUCACCCAUCACAUUGAAUUAGCUGUGAUUACAGAUGUUUAAAAAAAACCAUAUGAACAUUUAGCAUUUAGGAGGGGAGGGGUGGGGUGGUAGUGGGGGAUGUGAAUAGUGAGGUACCACGGCUCAGUUAUUCCUCUUUAUGAUUAAGUAGCAGCUAAUGCUGACGAUCACACAGAAAGAAGCUCAGUGUACAUGAGGAUUGCCUUUGUCCAUUGUACUAUUUCCCAGGGAGAAGGAGUGCCUUCAGGAAAGGGCUGCACCAAAUGUGUUUGCACAACUGCCUUGUGACAAUCUUUAUCAACAGCUGCCAUUAUUUAAUAUCUAACAAAAAGUCAGUGUUGAAUCUAAUGUGCAGCCCUUGCCAUAGAAGGCUGCCAACUCAUCAGCUUACCCGUGAUCACAUCGCAUCUGCCGGGAGUCAGACACCAAAUGUGAUAGAAAAACUGGAAUGAUUAUUCACCGGUCAGAAUGAACAUUUACCUGCUCUCUCUGACCAAGCCUUCGGUAUGAUUGCAUUGAAACGCUUUAGAUGUGACGUGGGAUUUUCAUUUGCCACAGUGGUUUGGUUGUACCUUUGGCCUCAGUUUGAAGCUGCUCCAGAUUUCUCAGGUUACCUCCUGAAGAUUCUGCAAAACCACACAGUGCACGCUUGUGACGGGGAUCGCUUCUCAAUAAGCUGCCCGCCUCACACAUCCAUCAGCAUUCUGUCAGCCUUCUACGGUCGCCGAGUUUCCAGUGAACAUUUGUGCCCAAGUGGGUUGAACACAUCAGCUGAAAGCAUCAACUGUGCGGCUCUCACAGCUGUUCCGAAAGUAUAUGAUGAGUGUCAAGAACAGCACUCAUGCCAGUUUUCAGUCAACAGGCGGGUUUUUGGUCCUGAUCCUUGCCCUGGGACCAGUAAAUAUCUAAUUGUUUCAUUCAAGUGCAAACCUGACGGACACCAGAGCAAUCUAGUAUGUGAGAAUGAGACGUUACACCUCCAGUGUAAGAACCAAACUGUCCUUGUCAUUUACACGGCAAGUUAUGGACGAGCCCUUUAUGGGAAUAUGGAGUGUCCCUCAAUGAACAGCUCAACACCAGAUAUUGUUCCGAAGAAGCUCUUUGAGGAGGCUGGUCAAGGACCAGUCAAGCCCUUCUUAAUAUCAGAUUAUACUCACGGUGGCUGGUAUAAUGGUCCAAGAAUGUCCAUGCUUUACGCCAAAGAUGUCGCCAUUAUUAGCAGUUCCCUGGCCACUCUUGCUCACAUUAGGGGUCUCCCAGAGAAAGUGGCCCUGUUCUUCUUGUCUGGCGUAUGUUCUGGCUUAGUGUUUAUCCUCUGCACUUUUGGAUUUCACAUGUUACUGAGACAAGACAUCAGCAAGCUACAAAGCGAGGCAGAAGACAACCAAGAAAGUGAAAAUGGGCACAUCAAGAUUUCAGACGAUGAGGAUGAUGGCUCCUCUGACAUCUCAUUUCGACAGUUGACCAGACAGUAUAGGGCAUCAGAUAAUAUCUUCAGCCCAGAGAUGGCAGCUGUGAUAGUAGACAGAGGGGAACAGAAUGAUCUACGAGACAGGGAAAUGUGGCUGAACAAGGAGCCCAGCCCCUAUGCAAUCCAGAACCUGAAUCAUCAUCAGUAAUAAGGUCAGAGUAAUAAAAUAAAAAGAUUAAAAGGUUGAAAUCAAAUUGAUGUAAAGGUUGAGUGCACUAUACAAAGGGAAAUGGGUUGAAUGAGGAGGUAUAUGGAAACCAAGGGAAAAUUCCUGUUGCCUGUAAAACAGAAGUGAAUUCACUGGGAAAGGAAGCAAAGAAACCACAUCAGGACAUCUGCCAACCAGAUUCUGACUGCGGGUGCUGUCUGUAUAGAGUGCUGUCUGUAUAGAGUUUGUACGUUCUCAUUGUGAUCGCGUGGGAUUUCUCCGGGUGCCCUGGUUUCCUCCCACACUCCAAAGACACAUUUUGUAGGUCAAAUGGCUUCUGUAAAUUGUUCUUAAUGUGUAGGAUAAAUUAGUGUACGGGUGAUCGUUGGUCGGUGGACUCAGUGGUCCAAAGAGCCCGUUUCCACACUGUAAAUGAAACUAAAAUUAAACUAAACUGUGUUGCUCUUUACUGCCAAGUCCGUUUCUUUCACGGGUACAAGGAGCAUUUGCUUCUCUAUUAGGUCUUGCUCUCUUUUCCGCUUAUUUUAUUCUUUGUUUACGUGCCAAUUCUGCCUGUCCAAAGCGAAUUUCCAACCCUCUCCAUCUGCAGCAGAAAUUUCAGCUAAGAUUGAAAAUAUUCUUGGUGUUAUACGAUCAACACCCACCUCACCAUGUGUGCUCAUUAAUAUAGUAGGUGUAAACAGAAAAUUGAAAAAUAAACCCAGCUUUAUAACUUUUUUUUGUUGCAGAGUUGCCUACCGUUGUGUUCUGCUGAUUAAUCUUUAAUUUCAGGUCCCACCAGAACAACCCUGAAGGGCAGGAAACCCAGACGCAGAGUGGCCAUAUUUGUUGCAAUUAUACUUUUACAGUAAUUUAUCCAAAAAUGCACCCAUUACUGUCCCACUGGAGAAUUUAACACGAUGAUUCAGUGCAGCAUUAAUAUCAUUGGCAUUGGAAUCCUACAUCGAAAUGUAACUCUUACAAUUAAGUUCCAACAUUGAAAUGUCAGGGGUCAAUAAAUGGGAGGUCAUACUUGGCUGAAAUCACUUUUACUAAUACAAUUGAGUAACAUGGGAAUAAUGCAGAAAGAGGAGCUGAAGGCAAGAACAAAACUAGCGGCAUUAAUAUUCUAUGCAUCGCCUGAAUGUAUGGCAUUGGAUAUUAAACCAAAAAUGGUGAUCAUAUUCUUUUGGAAAAUAAAUCUCCCCUUUUACUUGGAGUGAAGACAAACAAUUUAUUGAUUUAGUUAAAUCUGCUAAUUGCCUUUUGUAAUUAGCAUGUAGAUAAGGAAAAAAUGAUUGCACUUUCUCCACCUGGUGAUUGUUGAGGAUGCUGCAUUUUGACGAUUUUUGUUUGGGAUUCACCGGCCAUUUAAAAUCAGACUGUUUAAAGGGAUGCAUGACUAAAUCUGGAUCUAGGAUCUAGAGAUCUCUACGGCUAAUGAAUUGGCUUGAAAGCAUGGGGCCUGCCUUGCACAUUUAGUGGUUAAAAUGGUCCUAUUUGAUUCUUCAUUCCAGCAUUCUGUAAUAUAAACAAGUGUCUGUUACCUGCUUUUGGAGAUGAAAUAUCCAUUCAUGAAUAAUAUGAAUUAUAUACGGUCUCAAAUGCAUAAUGCUUAUGAUUUAAAAUUUAAAUUGCACCUUGGUAAUAUCUGAAGGGUCUCGACCCGAAACGUCACCUAUUCCUUCGCUCCAUAGAUGCUGCCUCACCAGCUGAGUUUCUCCAGCAUUUUUAUCUACCUUUGGUAAUAUUCCCUGUAAUUUAUCCCAAUGCAUUCUGAAAACACACGAGAAAGGUUUUCAAUAAAUCUUAAUGUUGACCUUCUGAAUGACUCAUUACAUAGACAGAACUCAUUACAUGGUUCACAUGUGCUGAGUUUGAGAUAAUUCACAGGUUCUCAGAUUAAAUGUCACUAAAUCAAUAUUAAAUAUGGCUUUACUCUUUCUAUUGUUAAUGCACGGGCUAAGUCUUCAUUCUUGAUGAUUCUUCAAGUGUGAAAGGCCGACUCCAUCUCUCAUUGUGACAAGGGUAUAGGUCAGCACUUUACAUUGGUCUCAAUGAGCACCCGGCUCAGACAGAAAUCAAAGCUUCUAAACCAGCCUUUCUUUCCUUGAAAAAAGGAAUGUUUUAUGAACUUCAUUAAUAUAUGACUAAUACCCGAGGGGGUUACAGAUUCUAAAUCAUUGGUUUUGUAAAGACCUUUUCCCACCAAAACCUUUAACUAGGAAUUUCAAGAGGUAUCAAUCACACUGUUUGAACAUAACACUUCAGUUCUAUGCAUUAUUUUUAGCGUUGUAUCCAGCACUUUAACCUUAUCAUGAUUAUCAAACAUGUCAAGCCUCAUAGCCAAGAAACUUGGGUAUAUAUUCACUAACAUACACCAGGGUAUAUGAUGCAGAACUAAUUGUAGUCUGUACAUUACAAAUCAAACCAUAUUUUAACUUUGUCUAUGGUUCAAUUUAUUAUAUUUGCUUAAGAGCCAAAAAGUGUUCAAACUGCACUUCCAAAAUGCAUGUAUAUUAAAUAACAGUUAUUAAAGUGAGCUACAUUAGGAUGAGGUGAUCAAGUAAAAACCCUGCCUAGCAACUCUGGGAGAUAUGCCAUGUGCACCAAUAUUCACCUUGGCCAAAAUAAGUUAACCGUUCACUCACCAUACUGUUGUUUGUGCGAGUGGCAAUCAUGAUGUGUGUUGCGUGUUUGGACACAUUUUUGUGAAACAUUGCAUAAAUUCUUUCUCUUUUAAAUAAAGCAUUUAUGUCUGAUAUUGUUUUUGCCAAUGAACAGCCAAGUUCUGGUUUAUUUAAACACGAAUGAAAGUUUACACCCCACAAUUUGAUUGUAAUCGUUUCUGUCGACUCUAUUUGAUAUAGUUUCUGAUGACUCCAUUUGAUAAGAGGAAAAAAAAACAUUUAUGUGCUCAACUGAUCCGUUCCAAAUUAAGUACGUAGGAAAGAACUGUAGAUGCUGGUUUAAAUCGAAGGUAGACACAAAAUGGUGGAGUAACACAGCAUGCUGCCUGUCUCCCUGAGUUACUCCAGCAUUGUGUUUGUCUUCGAUUUUGUGUCGACCUUUCCAAAUGAAUAUGUGGGCUGUUUUUAAUCUGUUAACCAUUGCACUAAUUCUUGAGCAAAUGUUUCUUGAGUCAACAUCAGCUUUUCAGGGGACUCGGUUUCUCCAAUAUCCUUUAGAUAUAAACUCUUUGCAGGGUACAGUUUAAUGCUGCUUGUGUGUUUACUGCUUAAUCUAACAGGUUAUUAUUUAUUGGAACUUAAUAUGAACUAGGUUACUUAAUUGUCAGGGAUGAGGAUCAAACUAAUUAACACAAACGUAUCUGUUAGAAAUUACGAGAGAUUUGUGGUAAGAAACAUAGAAAUUAGGUGCAGGUGUAGGCCAUUCGGCCCUUCGAGCCUGCACCGCCAUUCAAUAUGAUCAUGGCUGAUCAUCCAACUCAAUAUCCCAUACCUGCCUUCUCUCCAUACCCUCUGAUCCCCUUAGCCACAAGGGCCACAUCUAACUCCCUCUUAAAUAUAGCCAAUGAACUGGCCUCGACUACCCUCUGUGGCAGAGAGUUCCAGAGAACCAUAGCAGCAGCAAACUAAACCAUAGAAAAUUUUCUUGCUGUUUCUCCAAUUUGUGUGUGGUCUCACUCUGGCAAUGGAGGUGGCCCAGAUCAGAAAAGUCAGUAGUUUAGUUUAGAGCUGCAGUGCGGAAACAGGCCCUUCGGCCCACCAGGACUCGCCGACCAGCAAUUUCUGCAUAUUAACACGAAGGACAAAUUUUACAUUUACCAAGCCAAUUAACCUACAAACCUGUCCAUCUUUAGCUUGUGGGAGAAAAUCAAAGAUCACUGGAAAUGUUUUUAUUUCCUACCGACCUACCUAUCCAGAGGGUGUUGGGUGCCUGGAACUUGCUGCCAAGGAUGGUGAAUGGCGCAAUCAGACCACUGGCAUUUAAGAGGCUUUUAGAUGGGUACAUGUACAUGCAGGGAAUGGAGGGGUAUGGACCAUGUUCAGGUAGAUGAGAUUUAGCUUGGCAUCAUGUUCAGCACAAACAUUGUGGACCAUAGGGCUUGUUCCUAUGUUCUAUUUUAUAUAGAGAGCAAAAUUAAAUUUGUAAAUACAACCAUAAUUAUGAAUUG